UGUAAAUAUGUCAGAUGAUUGAAAGGUAAACAAUCGACAAGAUAAGCUUUGUGAUCGCAGUUUUUUUGUUAAAGGACUUGAAAAAUCUGUGCUUUAUAUGAUAAAUAUCCGUUUACAUGUUUAAUUAAUAAAUACGGUGAACAUGUUUGCCAAUGACAAAAAGCAUUUAAUUGACAAUUCGAUUGACGGUUUUCACACUGAAAGUAGAAGUGCAUGGAAGAAAAAUGGAAGGAACAACUUCAUAAAAACACUGCUGACGAUUUGCAUCGCUAGUUGUUUGGGUGCAUUAGGAACGUGGUUUGCUCUAGGAUAUUGGGACAUUCAAGAUCAGAAAACACAUACUGAUUUGCCAAGCACCGUGACUGCUCAACCACAUGUACAGCAGACAGGACAGACUAUCAAGCAAGCGCCGCAGUGUUCCCAGACACCAGCCAGUUCCCGCGUGGACUGCUGGCCACAGUAUGUGGGAGCCAACCAACAGACAUGCGAGGAAAAGGGCUGCUGCUGGCUCCCGGCAGGCACAAGUACAAGGAGACUGGGCGAUGUUCCUUAUUGCUUCUAUCCGAGCAACUACCAGGGAUACAAGGUGGACAGUGUCACCAAGACCGCGUCUGGUUACCAGGCAACACUACAUUUGUCUGGACCCUCCACCUGGCCCAACGACGUGCAGAAUGUGAACGUGGAUGUGACGUUUCAGUCACCAACUACUGUUCGCGUGAAGAUCUAUGAUCCUGCAACACAAAGGUAUGAAGUACCUAUCAAGACGAAUGCAACAAAGACACCAGGGAUGACAGAUUAUGAUGUGGCCAUAUCUCCUCAAGGGACUGACUUUACAAUAACAAUAACAAGAAAGUCCACAGGCACAGUCAUUUUUAGCAAUGCCAAUUCGGCCCCAUUAGUGUUUGCUGACCAGUUCCUACAGUUUGGUACCCAGCUAAGCAGUGCUUACCUGUACGGGUUGGGAGAACACCGGGCACCAUUCCUCAUCAGUACAAACUGGUCAAAACGGGGCUUCUGGUCCAGGGACCAGCCUCCCACACUGGAUGCAAACCUGUAUGGUGUUCACCCUUUCUACCUGAAUGUUGAAGACCACAAGAACACACAUGGUGUCUUCCUGGUCAACAGCAAUGCAAUGGAGAUUGAGGUAUCCCCACAGCCGGCCUUAGCGUACCGUACCACAGGGGGCAUCCUAGACUUCUACAUCUUCACUGGCCCCAGCCCUGACAGUGUGAUCCAGCAGUAUACGGGGCUGAUAGGGAGGCCCUUCAUGCCCCCUUACUGGGCCCUGGGCUUCCACCUGUGUCGCUGGGGAUAUGGUGGAGUAGACCCCCUGAAAGCCGUCAUCAAGAGGAUGCGUGAUGCCAAGAUGCCCUAUGACACUCAGUGGAAUGACAUUGACUACAUGCGAGACCACCUGGACUGGACCUACGAUGCUGAUGGCAAAUAUAAAGGCCUGCCUGAUGUUGUUGCUGAUCUCCAUAACAAUGGGCAACACUACAUCAUGAUUAUUGACCCUGGCAUAAGUAACAGCCAGCCCGCAGGCUCCUAUCCCCCGUAUGAUGACGGGCUGAAGAAAGGCAUUUUCAUCAUGAACACAGAUGAUUCAGGUCCAAUUAUUGGCAAGGUAUGGCCUGGUACAACUGCAUUCCCAGACUUCUUUCACCCCAACGCAACUGCCUACUGGACGUACCAUGCCAAUUCUUACCACAACAUUGUGCCAUUUGAUGGCAUUUGGAUAGACAUGAAUGAACCCUCAAAUUUUGUGCAAGGUUCUACAUCAGGUUGCCCCAAGAAUGACCUUGAAAACCCUCCAUUUGUACCUCCAGUGAUCCUUGGCCAGUCCCUAUCAGACAAGACACUGUGUGCGUCUGCAAAGCAAGCUAUCUCCACCCACUACAAUCUGCACAGUCUCUAUGGACACAGUGAGGCCAUAGCAACCAAAAUGGCAUUGGACUCGAUCAAGCAGAAGAGAAGCAUAGUAAUAUCGAGAUCAACAUAUCCUACCUCGGGUGUACACACUGGACACUGGCUCGGGGACAAUAAUGCGCAGUGGCCGGAUAUGUACUACUCUAUACCAGGUAUUUUGAACUUCAACCUCUUUGGAAUUCCAUUUGUUGGUGCGGAUAUUUGCGGGUUUAUGGGGGAGACCACUCCAGAACUGUGCACUCGUUGGAUGCAGCUGGGCGCAUUUUACCCUUUUAUGAGGAAUCACAACAUGCUGCUGACCAGGGACCAGGACCCUGCCUCAUUUGAUACAACCACACAGAAUAUCAUGAGGGACGCCCUCAACCUGCGUUACACGCUCCUGCCCUACCUGUACACUCUGUUCUACAUAAGUCAUGUGUAUGGCACACCAGUUGUUAGACCAAUAUUCUUCUCUUAUCCAGAGAGUGAGAACAACGUGACGUACUCAGUGGACACACAGUUCAUGUGGGGAGAUUCUCUGCUGAUCACACCAACCACCUCACAGAACACACUGAAGGGGCAGGGUUACCUUCCCAAGGACCGCUGGUACGACUGGUUCAAUCACUCCUACAUUGACUCAACAGGUUACCUAGGAGACUUUGACCUGCCCAUGGAACACAUCAACCUCCAGGUGCGCGGAGGCUCCAUCAUACCCCUACAGGCACCUGAAGUAACAACCACUCUCUCGCGUAAGAACCCAUUCUCCCUGCUGGCCACACUGACUCCUGGUGGUGCUUCCCAGGGCAUGCUCUACUGGGACGAUGGAGAAUCCCUUGACAGCAUCACAAGUUCAGCUUACAACCUUAUCUAUUUUAGGAUAGUAAAGCACGUGCUGACUUCAACGGUUGCUCUGCCUGGUUACCAUGGUGAAGCCAUGACCCUGGGUCAGGUCACUGUCCUGGGUGUGGAGAUAGCCCCCACAUCAGUCACCAUCAAUGGACAGGUGAAAACUACCGACUACAACUACAGCAACAAGGCUCUUCAAAUCUACAAUUUGUCAUUGGACCUUCUUAAGCCCAUCAACAUCAACUGGACGGUCUAGUCAACUUACCCCACCCUCCUCUGUGUGUGUGUUUGAUCCACCUUAAUCCAGCCACCUCUAUGAUGACUUACCUUAUACCAUCAAUCUCUGUUCGGAUUCUUUUUCCCUAUUAUGUACUUUUGAUGUGCUGAAUAUGAUGGUUAAAAAGUAAAUGUAUGAUCUCUUUAAAGCAUAACAAAGAGUUGCAAUAUAUGUCUUAUUUAGUCUAGAUGCAUGAUUAUCUCCCUUGAUCAAAUAUACUGUUAUAAACAGGUGAUAUGUUUUUUAUUAGCAAGGCUGUUUUCGUAGAAAACCCGAGGUAUUGUCAUAGCCUGCUCGUCGUCUGCCGUCCGCCGUCCGGCGUCGUGCUAAAACCUUUACAUUGGCUCUUAAAUCAAAGUGCUUCCACCUACAACUUUGAAACUUCAUAUGUUGAUGCACCUUGAUGAGUUCUACAUGCCACACCCAUUUUGGGUCACUAGGUCAAAGGUCAAGGUCACUGUGACCUCGAAAAAAAAAAAUUCUGACAAGCUUUCGCAGCCAAACGUGGCACCCGUUAUGCGGUGCUCUUGUUUAAUAAUAUAGUGGAUUAACACUUAUUUUAUACAUUUUUAUUUGAAAUAUUUGUGAGUAUAUAACAAUUAUUAUUUUUGUACCCUACCGGUGAAACCGGAGGGGACUUAUGGUUUGCGCUCUGUCAGUCUCUGUCUGUCAGUCUGUCUGUCAGUCUGUUCGUCACACUUUUCUGGAUCCUGCGAUAACUUUAAAAGUUCUUGAUAUUUUUUCAUGAAACUUAAAACAUGGAUAGAUGGCAAUAUGGAGAUUAUGCACGUCAUUUCAUUUUGUUCCCAUGUCAAUAAUUAUGGUUGCUAUGGCAACAAAUAUAUAUAUAUAUAUAAAAUUCUGACAAUGGUGGAGUUUCACCGGUAGGGGACCAUAUUGCUUGGCUAUCUCUUGUUUUAAUUCCAUUUAAUUGUUUGCUUUUUAUCGUGAAUCUUUCAUUUAUGAGAGCUUAGCAUCAAAUACAUGUAUGAUAUUGUUGAUGUUUUGUGUAAUACUUGUUUGUGUAUCGUUUGCAACACUAAUGGCAGAUUGCAUAUGCAUAAAUUCCAAAUAAUUCUUAGUUUUUGUGAUCACCUUUUGUUCUUCUUGCAUAGUCAACAUUUGCCUUGUUAAUACUCUAGAGACAUUAAUUUUCAGAUCUUCAUGAAACUAAGUCAGAAGAUUUUUUCAAUUAUAUCUUAGACAAGUUAAAAAAUGAUUCCAGUCUGCUAAAAAACAUGGCCGCCAGGGGGCGGGGCGUUUUUCCAUAUAUAGCAUUAGUAAAACCUUGUUAACACUCUAGACACAUUUAUUUUCUAAUCUUCAUGAAACUUGGUCAGAACAUUUGUUUGAAUGAUAUCUUGGGCUGCACAGAACAGAUCAGUUCCUUUGUAUAUCAGGUGAGCGACUUUGGGCCUUCCAUGCCUUCUUGUUUAUAAUUGAGCCAAUUUCUGUGAAUACUGGGUUAAAUACAUUUGUGUAAAGAAAUGUGCCAUAGUAGCCUGUGCAGACAGGCUAAUAUUGUUAUUACUGGUUUGAGCACGGGAACGGAUAAAAAAGGAAUAGUUGACAAUAAGAUUGAAAGUUGUCAAUCCGUAAGCAGGUCCUUUUAUUUGUAUCAUAUGCUUUUAAACGCAUUUGCUUUUAAUAACCCAUUGUAUCAUAUGCUUUUAAACGCGUUUGCUUUUAAUAACCAAUGGUGCAUUUAUGGUAUUAUAUGCUUCUUAUGAAUGAAUAAUUUUUAUAUAGGACUAAAAUUCGUUUUCUUGAUAAGGAUAUCUUAAUUAUCAAUUUAAUACUAAAUUAUUUGUCAGUAUUCACCUUGAUUUAUAGUAAGAGAAAUACUUUUGUGAAACAAAAAUUGUGUUUAUUUAUGGUAAAUUUGGUCUGUGAUUAACACAGUAUGUUCAUAAUCAAGAGCAUUAUCAAUGUAGGCAUUUCAUUUUUUUGUUUGAAGGAAGUGUCUUCUUAACCAAAUUCCAGUUCAGGAAGAAAGUGUUGCCCCUGCUUAGCCUGCGUGUACUGCACAGGCUAAAUCUGGGACAACACUGUAUGCACAUGUGUUAGACCUCAUUUUCCGAUAUUGAAGCCCAUAUUUAUUAUUGAGGGCGAUUCUAUUUUGGCAUUAGAUGUCUGUGACAUCAGGUAGGCUCUAGUCAGAAGCUUGUGAAAUGUUUGCUUGACAGGCAUAGAUUAACUGUCUCUCUGGUCAUUAUGUUUAUCCACCAUUGUGAUCAUAUUUUGUUUACAGUAUAACCGUGACUUGUGUGAAGGUUGUAGCCAUACUUAUGUUAUGUUCAUGUUAUGGUUCAUAUGACUUUUAUGAAGACCCUCUGAUUACUAACAAUAUUCAUUAAUAUUUAAGAAAAUGCAAUGUCUUUUACAAUUAAAAUUCUUAUUAUUUUAGUUUCUCAUAUGAUUAAUUGAAAAUGAUCACCUCAAAAUCAAUUUGGCACAAUAAUUAUUAUUAGUAAUAAUAAGCAUUGCUUUAAUGUGUGGUUUUAAAUGGAAUUUUGUUUCUCUGUGUUGUUUGUCAUUCUAAGCGUGUGUGAUAUUUGUUUAUGUUACCCAAACAUAAUUAAUUGGUGCUUACCAUAUUAUAAGAAUUAAAACUAAUAGUAUCAAUAUUGUAUUAUUCUGUUUAUGGUUGGAAAUAAAAAGUUUUUUAUUCAAA